AUGGCUGCCUUCACUCCUCUGCAGCAUCCAGGAACCGCGAUAACUUUCCACCACCAUUGCAAACCUUCUCCAUUCCCUUUCUAUGCCGUUGUACCCACACUUCCAUUUCCUACCCGUAACAAGUUCAGAUGGCUCUGCUCCUACGCUACACCCAAGCCGCGCAGCGCUCCUUCUUCUUCUUCUCCUUCUUCCAGGGUCUAUCGCCGGCAAAAGCCACGGAACCCAUCUUCAGACGAGCCUAAAUUCCUCAAAAGUGAAGAAAAGGCCAUCGACCCACCAAGCCCAAUCGCCCCAAUUGUCCCCAAAGAUGUUGAUUUGGUGAGCCUGUGCAAGGACGGUGAAGUUGAGGAAGCAAUAGACUACGUUGGUCAAGGUGUUCCCGCUGGUUACGAAGUGUUCGUCGCUCUAUUGGACGCAUGUCAGAGCUUGAAGUCGCUUGAUUUGUGUAAAAAGGUGCACGCUUUGCUGAGGCGAUCGCCGUUCUCUGGUGACACUGACCUGGGCAAUAAGCUGAUCCAGUUGUAUGGGGAGUGUGGCAGUGUCAGGGAUGCACGCGUGGUGUUCGAUAGAAUGCGCGAUAGAAAGGACAUGGGUUCUUGGCAUUUGCUGAUCAAUGCGUAUGCUGCUAACGGCCAGGGCGCCGAAGGGCUUGCGUUAGUUGAGGAAAUGAAGGCCUCCGGAUUGCAGCUCAACGAGGAUAGCUUCAGUGCUGUCUUCGCAGUAUGUGCAAGUGCCAUGGAUGUCAACCAAGGUUUGUUGCACCUUGAGUCCAUGAGGACUGAGUACGGUAUGGUUCCCGGUAUCAAGCAGUAUCUUGAAGUCAUCCACAUUUUCGGCGGGGCUGGUUAUUUGAAUGAGGCAGUUGAGUUUAUCGAAAGAAUGCCAACCGGACAAUCCAUGGUGGAAAUCUGGGAGACCAUCAAGAGUUAUGCUAGAGUUCAUGGCGAUUUAGAGCUGGAAGAUCACUUCGAGGAGUUGGUGCUCGAUAUUGAUCCAUCAAGAGCGAAGGAGAGCAGAGGAGUUGCUCUACUGCCACAGAGAAAGAAUCACUCUGCCAUAAACAUGGUAGAGGAGAAAAACAGGCUGGCUGAAUAUCGUUCUUCUGAUCCUUACAAGGAGGAUGGACAGGGGAAAGUGAAAGGCUUGAAUGGGCAGAUGAAGGAGGCUGGAUAUGUGCCUGAUACGAGAUACGUGCUUCAUGAUAUUGACGAGGAGGCAAAGGAGAGGGCACUGAUGUAUCACAGUGAGAGGUUGGCGAUUGCUUACGGUUUGAUCAGCACUCCAGCAAGGCAGACAUUGAGAAUCAUGAAGAAUCUUCGUAUCUGCGGGGACUGUCACAAUGCUAUCAAAAUAAUGUCCAGGAUAGUUGGGAGGGAGCUCAUUGUUAGAGACAACAAGCGGUUUCAUCAUUUCAGAGAUGGGAAAUGUUCUUGUGGGGAUUAUUGGUGA